UGGAGAAACAAGAUACAACAAAGACAAGAUACUGCAAGGUCAAGGCGUGGAUGAGCCGCUCUCUGCAACCGGUUUCAGACAAGCAGAUGCUGCGGGUUUAUUUCUCAGUAAUGUGAAGUUUACUCAUGUCUUUUCAAGUGACCUCCUUCGAGCAAAGCAGACUGCUGCCACAAUUCUAGGAAAAAAUAAAUUUUGCAAAGAUUUGGAAAUCAAGUAUGAUGCAAGACUUCGAGAGAGAAAAUAUGGUGUUGCAGAAGGAAGGCCUUUGACUGACCUCAAGGCCAUGGCAAAGGCUGCUGGAGAGCAGUGUCCUUCAUUCACGCCUUCUGGAGGAGAAACACUGGAUGAAGUAAGAGAACGUGCAAGGGAUUUUUUUGAAUUUCUGUGUCGGCUAGCUGUUGAAUUGGAACAGAAAGAACAAGACAUCCAUGGUGCGGCAAGCAGAAGCUCAGGACCAUCUGAAGAACAGUUAGUUUUCCCUUGGACAGACCACUACAGUGAAGCAGAACUUGGCUGUAAUAAUGGUGGAGCUUCUAAAAUAUUAGAUGCCAAUAUAUUAGUCGUGAGUCAUGGAGCCUACAUGAGGAACUGGAUUGGUUACUUUGUUUCAGAUCUCAACUGUAGUUUACCAACAAAUUUAACAAAGUCUCAGUUGUCUUCUGUCAGUCCCAAUACUGGAGUUAGUCACUUUGUUGUAACACUUGAAGAUGGGAAUUUGUUAAAACCAGAAAUCACAUGUGUUUGUCUUAAUCAAGACUCUCACUUAGUGGAUGUGGGAGCUGAACGUGUAGCUCAAAAAGUGUUUUAAGAGUCUUUGUAGGGGGAAGGGGGUUUAGAUUACCAUGACACUAAGCUUGGGACAGGUAUCUGUAGUAGUUACU